AUGGCCUCCCAGCUUCUUCCCCUUGAGCUUAUCGACAAGUGUGUCGGUUCCCGGAUAUGGGUUGUCAUGAAGGGCGACAAGGAGUUCUCCGGAACCCUGCUCGGGUUUGACGACUAUGUCAACAUGGUCCUGGAGGAUGUGACUGAAUUCGACUACACCGGUGCUCAGAUCAAGCUACCCAAGCUUCUGCUGAAUGGCAACAACGUCUGCAUGUUGAUCCCUGGUGGAGAGGGCCCUGGUAGCGCAUGA